AUGGCUAGCCUUCAAGAUAUCAGUGUUUCAGCUGCUUUUAAUAUUCUGUCUGCAUUGGCAUUCCUUGUGGCCUUUGCAAUGUUACGGCUUCAACCAUUUAAUGAUAGAGUUUACUUCCCAAAAUGGUACCUGAAGGGAAUAAGAGCAAGCCCGACAAGUGCUGGAGCUUUUGUAAAGAAAUUUGUCAACUUGGACUUCAAAAUGUACAUAAAAUUCUUGAAUUGGAUGCCCGCAGCAUUAAGAAUGCCAGAACCUGAGCUUAUAGAGCAUGCAGGGCUAGAUUCUGCUGUAUAUAUUCGGAUUUACCUUCUUGGGUUUUGGGCUCAUUUAGUAAUGGAAUAUAUCUUCACCUUUUGGACAUGUUAUGUUCUGUACAAGGAGUACAGGAUCAUAGCUAAUAUGAGGUUGCAUUUUCUAGCUUCUGCAAAUCGUCGUCCAGAUCAAUUCACUGUACUUGUGAGAAAUGUUCCUCCAGAUCCUGAUGAAUCAGUUAGUGAGCAUGUCGAACAUUUCUUUUGUGUAAAUCAUCCGGAUCAUUAUCUUACACAUCAGACAGGUUUCUGUGGUCUCUGGGGAACGACUGUGGAUGCUAUUGACUACUAUACAGCUGAAAUUGACAAGUUGAGUGAAGAAGAAGCUGAAGAAAGACAAAGGGUGAUAAGUGAUCCUAAGGCCAUAGUUCCGACGGCAUUUGUUUCAUUCAAAUCCCGGUGGGGAGCAGCUGUUUGCGCCCAAACUCAGCCGUCGAGUAAUCCAACCAUUUGGUUGACAGAAUGGGCUCCCGAACCACGUGAUGUGUAUUGGGAUAAUCUUGCAAUACCAUAUGUAGAACUGACUGUCCGAAGAUUGCUCAUGGCUGUUGCUCUAUUCUUUCUUACCUUCUUUUUUAUGAUUCCUAUAGCAUUUGUCCAAUCUAUAGCUAAUAUUGAUGGCAUUAAGAAGGUUCUUCCUUUCUUGAAGCCAGUUAUAGAAAUGAAAGUUGUCAAGUCUUUUAUACAAGGUUUUCUUCCUGGGCUUGCACUGAAGAUUUUCCUUAUUCUUCUUCCAACAAUUAUCAUGACUAUGUCAAAAAUAGAAGGCUUCACAUCACUCUCAUCUUUGGAGAGAAGAUCAGCUGCGAAAUUUCAUCUGUUUGUUCUUGUUAAUGUCUUUCUUGGAAGCAUCAUCACAGGGGCAGCAUUUGAGCAGCUCCACACGUUUAUAAAUCAGCCACCAACAGAGAUUCCAAAAAUUAUUGGCGUAACCAUUCCGAUGAAAGCCACUUUCUUUAUUACUUAUAUAAUGGUUGAUGGUUGGGCUGGCAUUGCUGCGGAGAUCCUUAGGGUGGUUCCAUUAGUUAUGUUUCACCUUAAGAACACAUUCUUGGUAAAGACAGAGACGGACAGGGAGCAGGCAAUGGAUGCUGGAUCCUUAGGUUUUGCUUCGUCAGAACCUCGAAUUCAGCUGUAUUUCUUGCUGGGACUUGUGUACUCAGCAGUCACACCAAUACUUCUUCCUUUCAUCAUUAUCUUCUUUGCUUUCGCUUUUUUGGUUUUUCGCCAUCAGAUCAUCAAUGUAUAUGAUCAAAAGUACGAAAGUGGGGCAGCGUUCUGGCCGGAUGUGCAUCGGCGUAUAAUUAUUGGUUUGAUAAUAUCACAACUUCUACUUAUGGGAUUGCUAGGCACAAAAAAUGCUGACCAAUCAACUCCAUUCCUAAUUGCACUUCCUGUUUUGACCAUCUGGUUCCAUAUGUUUUGCAAGGGCCGAUUUGAAUCAGCAUUCGUAAAAUUUCCCUUACAGGAUGCGAUGGUGAAGGAUACUUUGGAACGGGCUACAGAACCAAACCUGAACUUGAAGUCAUAUCUCCAGGAUGCUUAUGUGCACCCAGUUUUCAAGGGUGGCGAGAUAGAGGGACCAGCAGCCAUUGCUGAUGAGGAGGAUAACCUACUUGUUGCAACCAAGAGAACUUCCCGUAUGGGUAGUAAAGCUGUUUCUGACGGCAGUCCUGAUGCUGGAAGUUUGAGAUAUUAA